AUGAGCAGCGGUUCUGAAAGUGAAUAUUCCAAGUACUGGAUAGACUGGUUUUUGGAUACAAAGGGAAAUGAAUAUUUCUGUGAGGUGGACGAGGAAUUUAUUAUGGAUCGAUUUAAUUUGACUGGUUUGAGUGCAGAGGUUCCCAAUUAUUUUGCUGAGGCCUUAGAUCUUAUUACAGAUAAUCUUGACUUGGAAGAAAUUGAUGAAAAAGUUAGGGAACAGCUUGAAAAAUCAGCACGGCAUUUAUUCGGCUUGAUCCAUGCACGUUUCGUACUUACCAGUCGCGGACUUAUGAAAAUGCUCGAUAAAUAUAAAAGGGCAGAAUUUGGUCGCUGUCCUCGUGUUCUUUGCAAUAUGCAAGCACUUCUUCCUGUUGGAUUAUCAGAUAUACCCAUGACGAAAACUGUCAAGCUUUACUGCCCAAAAUGCGAAGAUAUAUAUAACCCAAAAUCAACUAGGCAUGCUGCUAUAGAUGGUGCCUAUUUUGGUACAUCUCUACCUCACAUGUUGUUCCAAGUCCAUUCAAAUCAUAUACCCAUAAAAACUACCGAACGAUAUGAGCCACGUAUUUUUGGAUUUAGAAUACAUGAGAUAGCAGAACAGCAUCGAUGGCAGGAUCAAGUCAGAGAGGAGUUUGAAGCGAAACGAAGAGAUAGACAGCAACAAUAUGAAUCAUCCACCACAAUAUCAUAA